CAGCCCCCCCCCUUCCCUCCUCCUGGGCCGCGGGUUCGCGUCCCGGCCCCGGCGCCGCCGCACUUCCGCCUCCUGCCGCCGCCGCCGGGCCCGGGCCGCCGCCGCGCCGCUGCCAUGGCCCGCCGCCUCCAGAAGCUGUUCGGGGCCGACGGGGACCUGGCGGACGAGGAUUUCCUCUCCGCCGUGGAGGACGCCGAGAACCGCUUCUGGGCCCCCGGCCCCUCCAGGCCUUGGCCGCCCGCCGCCUCCGCACCGGCCCCCACCUCCGGCCCGCAGCCCCCGCGCCGCCUCCACGGCUCCUCCGGCCUCCGGCCCCUCUCCGGGCAGCACGACCGAGCCGGGGGCUCCCGGGAUCCAGGCUCCCCUCCGGCGCCCGCGCCUGCCCCAUGCCACCGGGGCAGCCUUGGCUCGGCCCCGGGCGGCCCCCCGGCCUGGGGAGCGGCCCCCGAGGAUGAAGCGGACAACGACCUCUUCCUGGCCGCCUGCAUGGAGCUGGAGGUGCCCGACCUGCCGGCCGGGGCCGGUGCCCGCCCUGCCUGGCGGGAGCUGCCCCCGGGGCCGCGCGCUGCGGAGGAGAGCGGCUGGGAACGGGCGCUUUGCAAGAAGCCGCGGGUGGGAGAGGAGCCGGUGUCUGCGGGGGGGCCACGGGCUGCCCCGGCCUCGAGCGGGCAGGAGCCCCCGCUGCCGGCGGACGCUGCGCCCAGGCUGCUGCUGCGGCCCAGCGCGGCUGGUGCCUGCUCCUCCCAGCCUGCGCCCCUGCUGAAUCCGGGGACCUCCUGGGGCUCCGUCCCCCCUCCCGGGGGCCAAACCCCGGGACCUCCUCAAGCGUCCCCGUGCCAGCCGGGAGCCAACGGCUCUUCCGCGGCGCCGCGUGUGCCCCAGAGCAGUGGUGUCUGGUCCCCGCUGCCGCAGCCGCCCCGGCCGAGCUGCCCCACGCCCCGGCUGCACGGCAGCGGCUGGCGGCCGCCCCCCAGGCUCCCCGCCGCCCCGCGGCCCUUGAUGACCUGCGUGGAGCCCCCGCCGCGGCAGCCGCCCCGGGAAGCCACCGUCCAGACGCCCGUCGUCACCAACCACCUCGUGCAGCUGGUCACGGCGGCCAGCAAGGCGCCCCGAGCCGCCCCCCGCGUCCCGGUGCCGGGGAAGGCUCGCCGCUUCCCGGGGCCCGCCGGGAUCCUGCCCCAGCAGCAGCACGCUGGGAAACAUCUGGAGGAGAUUCUGGUCUCAGCUCCCCAAACUCCGGCUCACGGGGCGCUGGCGAAGCUGCGGACGGAGGAACUGCCUGGCUCCCCGCCGCCCGCGGAGGAGGAUUUUGGGAAAGGGCCCUGGCUUGCCAUGAAGACGGAGCUGGGGCUGGACGAGAGGGACCCCAGCUGCUUCCUCCGGACCUACAGCGUAGUCAUGGUGCUGCGGAAGGCAGCCUUGAAGCAGCUCCCGAAGAACAAGGUCCCCAGCAUGGCCGUAAUGAUCAAGACGCUGACCAGGACCAACGUUGAUGCUGGUGCCGUGUUCAAGGACCCGACGGGAGAGAUGCAGGGCACGGUGCAUCGCCUGCUGCUGGAAGAGAGGCAGAGCGAACUCAAGCCCGGCUCGGUGCUGCUCCUGAAGCAGGUGGGCGUCUUCUCCCCGUCCCACCGCAACCACUACCUCAACGUAACGCCCAACAACCUGCUCAAGAUCUACCCACCGGAGACCGAGGGCAGCUUCUUGCAGCCGUCACCGGAGCAGCAGAGGGUCGCCGCCUGGGCUGGGUUACACCAGGACCACGCAGCACCGAUCUCCCAGGGUGUCCCUGGCCCUGGGGACUGGGGACGGUCCAGGACAAGCGGCCACAGCACAGAGCCGUUGCCUGGAGGCUUCUCGCCGCACCCAGAGAGCUACAGGCCUGGGCGAGAAGAGCCUCUGGGAGCUGACGGCUGCGACAUGGACGACCUCGACGGGCUCCUGGGAGAGCUGCCCGAGGACUUCUUCUCCGCCCCGGCCCAGGCUGAUGCCUGCUGACCCCGGGGAGCUCGGCACGGGGAGGGCCCGUGGCAGCGGGGCCCAGGGAAGAUGGUCACCGUCGGUAAGGUCUGGACUGAACCGCGGCUGAGCGAGGCCCCCGAGCCAGCGGGCGAUGCUUGGGCCUCCUGUCCGCGGUCUCAUUCCUCCGUAUGUCUGUGUGUUGUGUUCGUUCUGGAGCCGAGAGCGGGGCAGACCUGGACGCUCCCGGGGAGUCCUGUGUGGACACAGCUUCAUCACCAGCCAUCGCUUGUCCCCCCAGUCCUCCCCGGGCCGGCCAGCCCCCCUCUGCUCCCAAACCUGCAUUAAAGGGCUAUUUCUGUUCCUGAA